UUGAAUCCUCAGGGUGAACCACACGCGUGCGUACGGCGUGCCAUAAACAGUAAACACUUCCUGCCAAAUAGUGGUCCCUAACAACAGACAAAGCGGUGUGGAAUCAAUACGAAGCCAUUCAACAACAACAACAAAACACAAUACCCCAAUGCAGUGUCCAGACAGCCUCCCCAAGAAGUAGAGAGUAGAGACAUGUCAGGAGGAAGUGGCUCAGCGCAUAUGGACGACUCGCAGGACCUGCCUGACUUGCCGACCAAGAAGGCCAGACAUGAGCUGGACGUUGGACUGAACCAAGAGCCAAGGGGACUACGUGAUGACCAGAUCCCUCCUACUCUCUUCGGCUCAGGAGAUCAGGACAAUUCAUACUCUACGUUGUCUAAUGCCCAGCUUGAUGGAGCGGUGGCCAGCAGAGCGCUCACCACAACAACAGCCUCUGAAUAUAACUCCCACAUCUACCAAGGAAGCAGACCAGCAGUCACAUCCUACACCACCAGCCAGGGUGCCUUUCCUCCUCUGGCCCAGGCCACAGUCUACGCUGCCUUCCCUCAGGCAGGACAGACCCAGGCUUCUGUCUAUACUGCCUUCCCUCAGGCAGGACAGACCCAGGCUACAGUCUACACUGCCUUCCCUCAGGCAGGACAGACCCAGGCUACAGUCUACACUGCCUUCCCUCAGGCAGGACAGACCCAGGCCACAGUCUACACUGCCUUCCCCCAAGCAGGACAGACCUACGGCCUCCCACCAUUUGGUGCUAUGUGGCCAGGUAUUAAGUCAGAGACUGGGCUGCCUGAUGCAGCACCCUCUGUUGGCCAGCCUGGGUUCCUCAGCUUCAGGUCAGCAUAUACCUCAACCCAGCCAGACCCAGGCCAUGUGCACUGCUCAUACCCCAGCCAAGGCUCCAGUUUCACUACAUCCAGUGUGUACACUAACAUCCCCUCAGCUACCACGGCUACACCUACAGAGGCUCACCAGGAGUUCAGCAGCUAUAACGUCAACUCUCUGGGCCAGACCCAGUUCCCUCAGUACUACGCCCCGCCCCUUAGCUACCUCCCUGCCGGGCUGCCCAAUGGCGAAGAGAAUGGAUCCAAUAUGGGCGUGGCCGGGUAUCCAGCUAUAAAGACAGAGGGCAGUGCCUUGGCUGGACUGCCCAGCACUACAGAUGCAUGCCCACGUGAGAACCUCCCGACCGGCGUAGCCCUGCCUACAGGUGUGGCCCUCCCCACGGGGGCCCUGGACCAGGACGAGGCGGGGAGGAGGAACCCUGCUGGGAAGGCCAAGGGGAAGGCCAAGAAAUCAGACAGCAACCAGCCUACUGACGCUGACCUGGAGCGAAUCUUUCUGUGGGAUCUGGAUGAAACGAUCAUCAUUUUCCACUCUCUGCUCACUGGGUCCUUCUCUCAGAAGUUUGGCAAGGACUCCGACACUGUGCUGAACCUGGGCCUUCAGAUGGAGGAGCUGAUCUUUGACCUGGCAGACACACACCUCUUCUUCAAUGACCUGGAGGAGUGUGAUCAGGUUCAUGUUGAAGAUGUAGCCUCUGAUGACAACGGACAGGAUCUGAGCGCCUACAACUUCCUAGCGGAUGGCUUCCACAACCCCAGUGGUGUAGGCGCCGCCACAGGAGUCCAGGGCGGGGUGGAGUGGAUGAGGAAACUGGCCUUCCGUUAUCGUCGCCUGAAGGAGAUCUACAACGGAUACAAAGGGAACGUGGGAGGCCUGCUGAGUCCCAUGAAGAGGGAGCUGCUCCUCCGGCUCCAGUCUGAGAUGGAGAAUGUGACGGACGCCUGGCUCAGCACAGCACUCAAAUCCUUGCUGCUUAUCCAGUCCAGGUCAGCACAGGGUAAGUGUAUGAAUGUCCUGGUGACGACCACCCAGCUGGUGCCUGCUCUGGCCAAAGUGUUGCUCUAUGGUCUUGGGGAUGUCUUCCCCAUAGAGAACAUCUACAGCGCUACCAAGAUAGGGAAAGAGAGCUGCUUUGAGCGCAUCGUCUCUCGCUUUGGGAAGAAUGUGACCUAUGUGGUGAUUGGAGACGGCCGUGAUGAGGAAUUCGCGGCAAAACAGCACAACAUGCCUUUCUGGCGUAUCACCACCCACGGGGACCUGGUAUCCCUCCAUCAAGCCCUGGAACUAGACUUCCUGUAGAACGGAAGGAAUGGAGGUUAAGACACAAAGGGAAACGUGUGUGUGUGUGUGUGUGUGUGUGUGUGUGUCCAACCCUUCUGUUCGCUUGUGGAGUGACAUUAUAAGCCGAGUGUCCUCAGCUCCACACCAGCCCUCAAACUCACACACCCUUUACACACCUGCUGGCUGUAGUGUGUCGCUCUUUUCCCCGUGUGAUGGCCGUGGACUGAUCUGAGGUGGACUUUGGGGUGGCAGUGGCUGGGAAGCAGACUGGACAGACAGACCUACUCUCUGAUGUAGAGCUCCUCCCAAGCAACACUCUCCAUAUGGCAGCUAUCCUCCAAAGACUGAGCCUGAUCACUGGGGCAUAGCAGCAGCGACCGACCGACGCCGACAGGCAGGACAUGACUAAAAAUGAAGAAGACCAUUCCCAUAUCUCUCUCUGAAGUGUCUGUAGUCUCUGGCUCCACAACCCACAGGCUGUUUUCCUCUGUUCUCUCUCUGGCUUGCAUCCCAAAUGGCACCCUAUUCCCUAUGUAGUGCACUACAUUUGAUAGGGCCUAGUGCUCUCAUCAAAAAUUGGUGCACUACAUGGGGAAAAGGGUUCCAUUUGGGACGUCGCCUUUUGUUAGUGGAUCGACUAAAGCAAAAGGUCUGCAGCCCUGUCUGGCAUCACGGACGGACCCUUCUGGUUGUUUAGACCUUACACUUUUACUAUUUUUCCAAGUUCUCUUUCUGUAGGGCAGCUAUUCUUGAAAGUACAAUGACACUUCAAAUGUUUUUUAUAAUUCGUAGUUUUAAAAGGUUGUUUUGCAUUCCAAAUGACUUGAGGUAUCAUUGAUGAGGGUCGGUAAUAAUUUUAGUAUUUUCAAAGCAUAUGAUUCGAUGACUACUUAAGAAUUACCUUCAAUUGACCUUCUGGAUGUAACCUUUCCACUAGUUCACGAACAGUACCGACGUGUUCUCCAUAGACACCUCCGCUGUCCUGACCUCUCCACUGUGUCACGGGCUUCAACAGCCUAACCGACUUCUGUGGUCUUUUUUACAUAAACUGAUGUGUGGUCAGAAUGACUCAAUGAAGACCCUAACAAACCUGUAUUCCACUGCAUGGUAUCAAGGACGCCAGGUUACUAUGUAGUUAAUCAUAAGAACAGCCAAUCCAGGCGUUUUCUGUGAGAAACAGCCGAACCAGGCGUUUCCUGUGAGAAACAGCCGAACCAGGCGUUUCCUGUGAGAAACAGCCGAACCAGGCGUUUCCUGUGAGAAACAGCCGAACCAGGCGUUUCCUGUGAGAAACAGCCGAACCAGGCCUUUUCUAUACAUUUACAUCUAAGAAACCAAGGAUGGGACUUCAAAACAAUGUGCAUCUUCAUCAGUGUGACGCUGAUGUGAAUGUGUGAACAUGUCCACAUAACCUGUGGAAGAAACCCUCCCCUUGGAGUAACUGUUCCUCAGAGCACAACCCUCCCCUUGGAGUAACUGUUCCUCAGAGCACAACCCUCCCCUUGGAGUAACUGUUCCUCAGAGCACAACCCUCCCCUUGGAGUAACUGUUCCUCAGAGCACAACCCUCCCCUUGGAGUAACUGUUCCUCAGAGCACAACCCUCCCCUUGGAGUAGCUGUUCCUCAGAGCACAACCCUCCCCUUGAAGUAGCUGUUCCUCAGAGCACAACCCUCCCCUUGGAGUAGCUGUUCCUCAGAGCACAACCCUCCCCUUGGAGUAGCUGUUCCUCAGAGCACAACCCUCCCCUUGGAGUAACUGUUCCUCAGAGCACAACCCUCCCCUUGGAGUAGCUGUUCCUCAGAGCACAACCCUCCCCUUGGAGUAACUGUUCCUCAGAGCACAACCCUCCCCUUGAAGUAGCUGUUCCUCAGAGCACAACCCUACAUGUCUUUGAAUUCCUGCAAAAGGGACUUAACUUGACAAUGAGGAUUUUUAAAAGCAGUUGGCUGGAAGGGAUGGCACAAUCACACACGUUAUAUUAGAUACAGUGGAAUUGUUAUCUGUUAUUGUUCAAUACUGGAAAUGAUGUUAAGACCAAGAAGUCACGGGAGAUUUGUCUGGCCAAGAUUUCCUCACAACAUGACAGAUAAUUUGCAUCACAAAGAUCACGUGUUGUCAUUGAUAAAUGGAAAUGUUUCUGUGUCUCUUGUAGAAUCGAUCUCUAGUUGAUUUUCCUCCAUUUGAAUUGUGAGGGUCACACAAAACUCCAUUAUUUCAUAGUGGGGGUGUAUUGGGACCUCUAAAUGUGCUAUUGAUUGUACGGGACCGGCUGCCCAAAAAAUAUUGGCCUACUGCCACUGUGUGCCGUGUCGACAGUCAGUCUACCCUUGUCAUUAUAAAUAUUGGGGAAAACACCAGGAAUGACUAUUCAAUACAUUUCUGGGAGGGGGGGGGCAGCAUGUAGCUGGUCGAGAGGUGGUUAGAGGGUUGAUGUUAUGAAUCCCUGGUCCAUGUGAGAUUACAAUACUGAGCCCGAUGAUGCCGAUCAUUUUGGCACUUAACGGCUUGACCAGUAAGAAUGUUUUUCUUGUGUAUUUCUUUGUGCGUCUGUAUAUAUAUGCAUACUGUGCCUUUUCUCAACAUUCUCUAUUAUAUAUAUAUAUAUAUAUAUAUAUAUAUAUAUAUAUAUACAUACAUGCGUCAUCUCUACAGGAAAUACUUCAGAUGUGUUAAACACAUGAUCAAACAUGGUUGUUACACACUUGAGUUGAAGUGUUUCAUUUUUACGACACCUACUUUUUUUUUAUACCGUUAUUCAUCUGCUGAAACCUUUUUUAAUCUUUAACCAUUAGUAACCAUUUCCGUGUUGCUAUGUGAUUUUAAAAAAAAUAUUUUCUCUCCCUUACAGUUCAGUUUAUAUUUCUUGUUUUGAUUGUCCUGCCGAUACAUACAUGUUACGGCUGAAAUGCUCUGCUCUCAAGACGAGUCACAGCCUUGUCCACUAAGUCAGAGCAUCCUUUUCCAUGUUGAAACCUGCCUUCACCUUUUAGUUUAUUUAUUUUUUAUUUUUUUUUUUUUUUGAGUCGCUGUGUCUUGGAUUCACUGCUUAGACAAUCACAUCUCAAUCACUUGGGGUCCAGAUCCACCAUUCCCCUGGUGAAACAUAUAAAGUAGUCUGUAACAGUACCAGUACGGGACAUGAGAGAAAUAGUAAGCAUUGUAAAAUGAUGAAUUAGAUUCUUUGGAAUAGAAGGGGUAUCUUGGACAUGGAAUUUUGUGAAGUUGACAAGGCAGACCGGUGUCUUUAAUUGACUGACUGCACAUUCAUAUUACAAUCUGUUUCCACAAGUUUAAAAAAAAAUAUAUAAGAUCAGACAAGCUUGAUCCUCUGAUGCACAUCUUCAAUAUUUAACAUCAUGGAAAUCAAUCAACCCCAGCCAAUAACAUUUGAUCUGUUAUUGCUAAUUGUCAUGCUGAUCAUGUCUCUAGUGUUGCUUCACACCUUUUGGUUGGUAUGAUUGUUUGUUUUUUUGUAGUCCUGGAAUGUGUUUACAAUAUUUGUAUCAGUGAUGUUUUUUUAAAUGUUAUUUUUUAAGUACUAUGUUACUAACAAAGUGUGAUUCUGUAUGUUUAAUUUUUUAAAUUUGAUUUGAUUUUUUUUACAUUUUACUUAGUCAGGGGGACUGUUUUUUAAUGUAUCCCUUCAAUUUGUAUUAAAGACCAGGAACUAUGUACCAUUUUA